CUUUAAUCGGGCGAAAUACAGUCAGGAGAAAGAUGUUCCGUGUGAUUGGCUCGCAGAAUGGAAUAAAUCUUGCUGCUGUGGCCGGAUGUGUGUGAACAAUGUGUGAACAGGAGUCCCGAUUCAUUCCCCGUUCGAUGACCUCCAAGGUUGAAAUCUUUUUGGGCGACCGAGCUGUUCUACUACGGACUAUCAAACGAAGAUCGAUUUGGACAUCCAAUCAGAGACAACACGUGACACACGCGGCUGGAAGAAGCAAUCCAACUGUCUCCACAUGGUCUUGUACCUACUGUAGCCCACAACGACUGAUCGUGAGCAUAUCCAGUUGUAAUUUUGGUUUGCUCUGCUACACCAUGUGCCCCAACGACCAACUGUUUCUGGUGAUGAAACCGCGUCAAAGUAGCAUAGCCAGUGAACGACUUCGACCGUCAUCGGUCGUGCUGUCCACCCCACAGACACUUCUUGGAUCUCGCGGUAUCUCAUGGACAGGUGACUUGGCCGAUCAAAAUGAGACAGCAACCGUGCUCUUUCGUGUACAGUUCAAACAAGCUCCGACCAGAUGUAAUCGAUUUUAUGUGAAACUGGUUGUACAAUGUCUACGGGACGGUCUUACUGAAUUUUGGAUGGACCCGUUCAGUCUAAAAGAGAAACCCAAGCAAGAAUGUGGCGUGGUGCCACAAAACCCGAAGAAUCUAGACGAGCAGAAUGCGCUGGUAGUCAAUUUGAACAGUUGUCUGAAUGAAGAAUAUGUACUGCGACUGGCCUCAACUGGGAAAGCUGAACAACACUCAGAAAAGCUGGCGUCCGACGGUCAAACGAAGCGCACGCGGCCACCGGAACCAGUGGGCGUACAGCUGCUGGAAUUAACCUAUGCCCCAGAGCAUGGUCACAAACAUGAAAAGUCGCGGUCUACAGGACCAGUGGAUGAACUACGGUCACGUGAUCCCGUGAGUGACCCCAACAAUCAGGAUACUAUUGAUUGAACAGACACCGAUUUUUG